AUCAGUAUCAGGCAAUCACAGAGCACCAAGAGCAGUCGCAUACCAAAACCCUAAGUCGGCUUACGGUUUCCGUAGCUAGGUCCCAGGCAGCGUGCAAUGGCUUCCGGUCAGCAGGAGAGGUCGGAGCUGGACCGCAUGGCCCGCGAGGGGGAGACCGUCGUCCCCGGCGGCACCGGUGGGAAGACCCUCGAGGCGCAGGAGCAUCUUGCCGAAGGGCGCAGCCGCGGCGGGCAAACUCGGAAGGACCAGCUUGGGGAAGAGGGGUACCGCGAGAUGGGGCACAAGGGCGGGGAGACUCGCAAGGAGCAGCUGGGGGAGGAGGGCUACCGCGAGAUGGGGCACAAGGGCGGCGAGACUCGCAAGGAGCAGAUGGGAGAGGAAGGGUACCGCGAAAUGGGGCGCAAGGGUGGGCUGAGCACCAUGGAGGAGUCCGGUGGCGAGCGCGCAGCUAGGGAGGGAAUAGACAUCGACGAGUCCAAGUUCAAGACCAAGUCCUAAAGAAUUGUGUAAGAUGUCCAGUGCCUAGCCGAGUAGCUAGUCACUACUUACAAGUUACAACUCGUAGUAGUAGCGAGCAAGCUGACUGCUCAAUAAAUAAUGUAGGUCAAGGUCAGGUCUUCACGUAGGCGUGAGCACGCAUGUAGGCGAUCACAUGUACUGUGAUCAUGUGUUUUAGGUGUUUUAGUUUGUAGUAUAGGUGAAUAGGUGAUCAUGCCGUGCUUCAGGUAUCCUAGCUUGUAGUCAAGUCGUUGCUUGUAGUAGGUGUCGUUGUGGCUCGUGAAUCAGCUUGCUUAUGUAUGUUUAAUCAGAAUCUCAGUAUCUCCA